UUUCCCUCCCACAGUGCGGAGGAAUACAGUGAGCCGUAGAGCGGUGGUUCGCCUCCAGCCUGCCUUGUUCAGGGCCGACCCUCCAUUUCCUCUCUCCCCGUAGCCUUAGCAGACCCGCCGCGCCGACUCAACAGAUAUGGCUGACCAACUAACAGAAGAGCAGAUUGCUGAAUUCAAGGAGGCCUUCUCCCUGUUCGAUAAAGACGGAGAUGGGACCAUCACCACCAAGGAACUGGGCACCGUCAUGAGGUCAUUGGGUCAAAACCCAACUGAGGCCGAACUCCAGGAUAUGAUCAAUGAGGUGGAUGCUGAUGGCAACGGGACCAUUGAUUUCCCCGAGUUCCUGACGAUGAUGGCAAGGAAGAUGAAGGACACUGACAGUGAGGAGGAGAUCAGGGAGGCAUUCAGAGUCUUUGAUAAGGAUGGCAACGGGUACAUUAGUGCAGCAGAGCUGCGUCAUGUGAUGACUAACCUGGGAGAGAAGCUGACAGAUGAGGAAGUGGACGAGAUGAUCAGAGAAGCUGACAUUGAUGGAGACGGGCAGGUCAACUAUGAAGAAUUUGUUCAGAUGAUGACCGCCAAAUGAACUGGGCUCCCAUUACAAAGAAUCAGUCAAAUGUUUCACUUACCUCUUAUUGCAAAAAUCUACAUUUAAUCAUACUGUUCUGUAUAGACAACUUAAACUGAAUGUUGGAAAACUGAAAAUCUGUCCAUAUAAACAAGCUCAAAAAAGGUAAAAGACAAAAAGAAAAAACCUAAAUGAAUCUGCAUGUACUGGCUUGUAUCCCCCCUCCCGCCCCUUCCCCCACGCUGAGCUGCCCAAUUGGAUCUCGACUUGUUAGCAAGCAGCCUCGGAGGCAGCCGGCCGGUUUGGCCGCUGCUCUUCUGCUUCCUGGUUCCAUCUGCCUGACUCCAUGAUGAUUAUUUGGGCCAGCCUACCGCCUUUCUUCUAUGACUUCCUGUUUUCUUUUUUCUGUUCUUCAUGCAUGCAGCUUUAGAUGGGUAUCUGUGGUGAGCCCAGUGGCAGAAGGCUGAGGAUGGGCCUCGGGUCGGCCUGGGACCCUCGGAGAGGAGGGGGGAGGGGUGGUUGACAGAGGGAUGGGAGGGAGUGAACCCGCCGGAAAUGACGCAGUUUGCUUGCCUAAAUGAAGUCCUUAACGACAGCUAUUUUUAAGAAAAUACUAAAAUGGAAUAAACAAGAGCUCAUUUUAGAUUCUGUGUUUCCGGCAUGUCAGGAUGCUCACUUUAUCCUUUGUGUGUUUACCUUUUUUGAGGGUGAAGCCUGGGUGGGGCAGAUUUCAGCCCCUUGGGCAGUUGUUGUGUCCUACACUAUUGGAGGGGUCGGGUGGGCUUCAAAGGGGAUUAUAUACAAGUCAGUCUUUGGGGCAGUGUCGGUACCCAGCAGACCAAUACUCUGUACCAGUAUGAGUGUCGGUUUGCAGAGUUUGAGAUUUAAUAAUCAGCCGUGAACUUGAAAGAGUCAAAUCUGAGUCUUCACUGGAGCACGCUCAGGUACAGUCCAUUGCCUCAAAGGCUGUUGUGUAUGGUUCCACGGGGUAGUUUCAGUUUAGUGGGGGCAGGGUCGGUGCUUUGCAGCAUUUCUAUCUUGUGUUUGUGUGUGAGUUUGCGUGUGUGCGUGUGGGUGCGGCGAGGCCCGGCCCAGUCCAACUGUUCUGUUCAGUUCAGUUGAUCUGCAUUCCAAGUUGUACAUGCUAGUCUUUACAUUUUGUUUUUCCAAUAAAAUACCAUGAACUAAGA